UGAGAGUGUGUACACUGAGAUUCAGCAGCCAGUACUGGAGAGAAGUGGACUAUCAGAGGGGCAGACUGCCUCUGGAGCACAGAUCUGGAGCUUUACUUUGACACCAGUGACAGAGAGGACAACUGCUGUUGGAGAUGACUGGACUGUCACUGCAGGAACAGCAUCCCUCCGCUUUGGGAAUCUUUCUCUGUCCUGAGAGCUUGAGAGUUACUGGGGAAGUUUGAUCUGAGAGGCACAUAUUUUGGUGGAUUUCUACCUCACUUGGGAGUUAGGCACACUGAAGGAGGAUCAGUUGCAGCCUUGUUGGAUAAAAGCCAUAUUUUCAACCAAACUUCAAGAUGAAGACUCAUCUCCUUUGUUUGGAGUUACUCCUCUUGGGGGUUCACUUCUUUGUGACCAGUGGGCAGCUGGAGCCAAAGAAACAAGUGCCCCAGGACCCUCUUACCGUCACCCAGAGACUUGGACUGGUUGAGAGGGACGUGCAGGGUCCAGUGAGGCCCAACAUUACCAUGCCGCGCCGUCGACUUCCGCCCAUGUGCACCGGACCCACAGAAAUCCGAGACACCUUCAAGUACAUCAACACGGUGGUCUCCUGCCUGGUGUUUGUUGUCGGUAUAAUCGGAAAUUCCACUCUGUUGAGGAUCAUCUAUAAGAAUAAGUGCAUGCGUAACGGGCCGAACAUCCUGAUUGCGAGCCUGGCACUCGGAGACCUUCUGCACAUCAUUAUUGGCAUUCCCAUUAAUGUUUACAAGCUCCUGGCAGAGGACUGGCCUUUCGGGGUGACUCUGUGCAAGCUGGUCCCGUUUGUCCAGAAAGCCUCAGUGGGGAUCACAGUGCUGAGUCUGUGCGCUUUGAGUAUUGACAGGUAUCGUGCUGUGGCUUCAUGGAGUCGAAUCAAAGGGAUUGGAGUUCCAAAGUGGAUGGCUAUUGAGAUAGCGCUCAUCUGGAUAUUAUCCAUCAUCCUGGCUGUGCCAGAGGCAAUAGCCUUCGACAUGAUCACCAUGGACUACAAAGGAGAAGACUUGAGGAUCUGUUUGCUGCACCCCAUGCAGAAAACAGACUUUAUGAGGUUUUAUAAAUCAGCAAAGGACUGGUGGCUGUUCAGUGCAUAUUUCUGCCUGCCGUUGGCUUGCACUGCUAUUUUCUACACCCUGAUGACCUGUGAGAUGCUAAGGAAGAAGAACGGAGUCCAUAUCGCCCUCAGUGACCACCUGAAGCAGCGGAGGGAGGUGGCUAAGACAGUUUUCUGUCUGGUUCUGGUUUUCGCUCUGUGCUGGCUCCCUCUCCAUCUCAGCCGUAUCCUGAAACUCACCAUCUACGAUGAGAAAGAUCCAAACCGCUGCGAACUGCUCAGUUUCUUUUUGGUGUUGGACUACAUCGGCAUCAACAUGGCAUCUGUCAACUCCUGCAUCAACCCCAUCGCCCUGUACAUGGUCAGCAAGCGCUUCAAGAGCUGCUUCAGGUCCUGCCUGUGCUGCUGGUGCCUACCGGCUGAGAUGCUGAUGGAUGAGAAGCAGUCGUGCAUGAAGCUGAAAGUCACCGAACGAGCCUCUGACCAGAGCAACUCCCGCAUGACCAACAAGUCCACUACAGCCUGAGGAGUGUAGCCUAAAAGUGAGAAAAGAGGAGACACUAUGACAAAAAAAACAAAAACUGAAUAAUAAAGUAUGAAUGACUGAAUGAGGAAACGUGUCCAGUCUUGCCUCAUCUAGAACAUCAUAAGAAAGCUCCCUCAAUUCCUGAAAACAACAGACGUGCCUUUGGAAACCCGCCCUCACUGAGACGAAACUCAUCCUAACCCAAAACUCUGAACACUUGCCAUCAUGGAGCGCUUCCACACUCUCCCUGUCCAAGGAGCAAUAAGCACCCGCGCACUUCAAAAGCUGUAUUCUUGGAUAAGUGUGAAAUGUGUUAAAACUGGUGUUAACACCAAAUAUCAGGAACUGACUAGGGGCAAAGUUUAGCACAUUAUUAUGUUACGUAUAAUUUGGUGUUAAGGGUCAAUUAGUAACGACUCAUCAGGCUCGCAGCCUGGAUAGUGAACACGGCUUUGAAUCUUGCAAUAAGUUCCGCAUUGUAUGGACUAUAUUCGAGAGUGACACUGCGUAACUGUGUUGCUACUACACUCUGUAGUCGCUUGUAAAAAAGCUAAACAGUGAAUCUAAUGCUCUUGUUUACAUAUUUCAUUGCAUUGUAUUUCCUUUAAAAUAUGUGUCAUGAGCAGCAGCAUUUUGCAUACUUUAUAACUUGUCACAUUUGUGCCUUUAAAUGAAUUGUUUCUUUGUCCUUUCCCCCACUAGUCAUUGAACUACUGAUGUGUGAUUUCAGCUGUGUGACUAUUCAGCUAUUGUAUUAUACUGUUCAGUAUUGGGCCUGUUCUUGAGGCUUUAUGUGUUUCAUAAUGUAUUUUCUCCACAUUAUCUUAAUCUGACUCGUUACCUCAGCUGGUAUGAAAAGAGGUAGUGGGUGUCUUUUUGCAAUAAAUAAAUAAAAUUAUAAAUUUAAUAAAU